AAAGGAUCUGAAUGAUGGCCAAUGGGAGCUCUGCCAUUCAUUCAUUCUUUCCAUCGAUCUUGGCGCUGCAGUCGACCUUCCCUCCCACACCCUGGGCGACCCCAACUUAAGUGGAAUUUCAUUCUGCGGUGGUCGGAUGAUACCUACCAUGCCGAAUGCCAGCGACACGAAUAAAAAAACAAAAAACUUUCACAGGAAAAUCUUCUGAUGUUCCCUCAGGUAACAUUUAGAUAGAGAAGCAACUGCAACAAAAUUUAUUCGCGAAAAAUUGGCAUCGGCUAUGGACUAUUCGGCGGAUUCACCAUGGGAUAAAUAAAGAUUGGUGUCAUUCCCAUUUAAACACUGGAAGCUACUUGAAAAGUCAACUGUGAUAUCCGGUGUAAACAGGAUUACAAUUGUGUUCAAGCAUACAGGAUACACACAGGAAAAUAUUUUGUGAAUAAUAAUUGUGCCUCACAAGUAUGCAGUGCGUGUACGCUCAUAAAGAUUGAAAUAGGAAUCAUCAUUUAUAUUUAAAAAAAAGAUUUGAUCAUCAAAAUCGUAAUAGAAUCUACCAUCAAAAUUCAAAUUAAGAAUGUAUUUGGAUAUGUUUUAAAUUAAAUAUGAUUUUAAUUAAAAUUAAUUUGGCUGUUCUGUGAAUAUUGAACACAGACCAAACAGGGCUUAAAUGAUUGUCUUAUAAAAAUCGUCUACGCAAUAGGAUGAACUGUGCUUCGGAACAUAUUUAUCCAUAUUGAAUAGGAAUUGCCUUUAGCUUCUUGCCUUUCUGAAACCGCGCUGCCUUCUUUUUUACAUUCCCUUUUUCAUUCAUUCCUUGAAAGCUGCCUUACCAUCCUCAAACUAAUCCGCAUCCAUACAGUCUCUCUGCCUUUCUAAAGUGCUUUUUUGAAAUUGAAUCCGUCUCUUCAGCGAUUAAAUGUCUUGCGAGCCUUUCGAUAAUUCUUCCCUGCCCUUCCACACAGUGAUUCAAAAGGUCACAUCACCAUGCUUAACAUCAAAUGGAUUAAAAAACCGUCUAAAUUGUUUUUCUACAGUGCUUUACACGACAAGUUUCGAAACGGGACCUGAUUCUCUUCAUCUAAAAUUGUUCAGCAAUGGGUGAUUGGAGUUGUGUCCUAAUAUGUUAAGCAAUGGGCGAUUGAAAUGCCAUUUAAUAUGAGUGCGUGGAACGAAACUUUGGUGGAUUCUAUAGAUAUAGAAGACUAUGUGACGAAAAGUCUUGGACCCAAAAGAUUGGCCCUGAACUGGCUCAUUCCUUUAACAGUAGUUUAUUCUCUUAUAUUCCUUUCUGGAAUUGUGGGCAAUGUUUGUACAUGUGUUGUGAUCGGUCGAAAUCAGUAUAUGCAGACGGCUACAAACUGCUACCUCUUCAAUUUGGCGAUAGCCGAUAUGAUGACCCUUUUAUUUGCUAUGCCCAUGGAGCUAUACACCCUGUGGGAGCAGUAUCCAUGGCACCUGGGACUGAUCGGAUGUUGGAUGAGAAGCCUCAUUCCUGAAACAACAGCUUACGCUUCCAUUCUCACUAUCGUCGUCUUCAGCACUGAGAGGUACAUCGCCAUCUGCCACCCUAUCCGGCAGCAGACCAAAGCGAAGCUCUCCAGCGCCAUUCGGAAUAUCGCCAUUGUGUGGCUGGUGUCUAUAGUGUGCGCCCUGCCUUUUGCUUACUAUGCCAAAGUGAACUACGUCACGCUGCCCGAUGGACAGCUGGUAGAGGAAGCCUCGUGGUGUGGUCUGUCAUUCGUGGAAGGGAAUGAGGUGUGGAUCUACGCCAUGGGCUUCUCGACCAUCGUCUUCUUCAUCAUCCCCUUUGUGCUCAUCAUUGUCAUGUACGUGUUCAUCUGGCUGGCCUUACGUCGUUCUCACCGCAUGCACAGGUCAACCUCUGAAAGUGCUCAGUGUAGACUCGAAAGGGAAAGAUCGAAGGCACAAUCGAGAAGGGUCGUCAUCAGAAUGCUCGUUGCUGUGGUGGCUGGUUUCUUCUUGUGCUGGGCACCAUUCCAUGCCCAGAGGCUAUUGUUCGUCAUCGUCACCAGCUACAGUGAAUGGACAGAGACUCUCAGAAAUGUUAACCAUAAUCUUUUCACGCUAGCAGGUAUUUCCAUUUUAACCUUUUUACUUCCCUGACAGGUUUUUAUCAUGCUCUGUCUAAAGAAAAUCAGCUGUAGACCGUAUGGAUGGUAGACUGAAUGUAAACAAUUCCUAAAACCGGAAGAAAUUUAGAAAACUUCCAGUGUAUCCCUCCGCUUAUGUUAUGCUUACGAGGCGAUGUGUGAACAGGCUCCAGGAGGUUUUAUUAUUGUAAUUUGUAUUCAAAUUCGUAAGAGUUUUCUGUAACUUAUAAAUUCUAGCUGAUCGUGAUCGUAAAAUAAAUUUAACAAAAUUAGUAUCACAAUAUAUAUAUGAAGUGUAAGGUUUGCAAUGUUUUGAGAACUAUUCCUUAUUUGGCUCAUUGCGCCCUUUGUUAUUUUUUUUUGUGUAGCAUCAUAGCAAGCUUGCGUAGUCUUCCGAAUUCAUUUGUAGUUUGUUUCGUUGGAAGUUAGAUGGAAAGAACGCUUCAUAUUGAAAACACUACAAGUAUAAUAAUAUUGGGUGGUACGUUUUUUCAAGCUUAGAAUUAAAAAUCAGUCGGAAGUAGUAACCCGGAAGUCUUACAACGAAUUUUAACUCCUAGCGCCAUCUGCAUUUAGCUUUACACGGUCAAACAUCUAUACCAUGCAGAAGUUUGCGUCAACACCAUAAUCUUCUGCGUUUUUUUUGGAGCUUUUUAUUACGCUCCUAAAUAUAUAUUUUUUUUCAUUUUGCCCAGCGCAGAAUGACAAAAUAUUUAUGCAACAAGGAUAUUUAUGGAGAAAGCGUACUUUUGAUAUUCGCGAUCGCAACACUCGAAUACGCCAUCUGGGGAGAGACCGGUUUCAUGCCUUUAGCC